AUGCCAUCCUCAUCACCUUCUCUGGUUAUAUGUUGCAAAAGAUGUAGAAAUUGCGACGACUUGCUGUCUCCCAAUUUUUCCUCGUGUGGGAGUUGUGACUAUUUCUUUUGCCAACUUCUUUUUUCUUGCAAAAACUUCUUGCAUAAACUUUCUUUUUCUUUCUUUAUGCUUCUUCCCGAUCUUUUUCUUCUGUUAUUCUUUUUCUCUUUCUUCUAUUACUUUUUCAGCAAUGGUGGUGGUGGCAGCUUUGAGUUUCUCUUUGUUCAGUUCCCAGAAGCAGCUUACAGUCAUUCACCUGUAAAGGCUGAUAGCCUUCUGCUUUCUUUUACUUCUUUUUCCCCUCUAAGGUCAGCUCCAAUCUAUUCACAAAAGGCCGCUCAAUCUAAAAAGACCACUCCUGCUACCUCCUCUCAAGAAACACUUCCCUCCCGCCCAAAAAAGACCAAAUCUAUGAAAGAAGCUACUCCUUCCACAUCCUCACAAAAACAGUCUUCCCAACCAUCAACUCCUCUCAGUAAAGACACCAGCACUUGUAAGACCCCUACUAUCGAAAAAGUCACUCCCUCCAUAUCUCAUGCCCAGAUACCUUCCUCGCAUUCCUCAACCCCUCUCAGUAGAGACCCCAGCCCUUUCAGACAAAAUUUUACUCCUUGUCCCUCUCUCAGUUCUUCACCCCUUAAACCACCCCUUAACAUACCUCAAGGAGGAGCAUUUAAUCUUUGUGCGCGCCCCCACCCCCCGUGGCGUUGCUCACCCAGCCUCGCUGCUGCUUCCGUUGGGGGGGGUCCGGAGCGUUGGCGGGCAAUUGCCCUCUCUCUCCCUGUCCCGGUGAGCACUGAGGCCUCUUUGAGAGGCAGACUGCUGUCAGGAUUUCGGCGAACGGGUUGGGUGCCCGUGUUUCGGCCAUUCCUUGGCCCCGUCGGUUGA